AUGUCUUGGGCAGGUUUUAAGAAGAAUGUGAACCGCGCUACGACGCAGGUUAUGAUGAAGACGGGGCAUGUAGAGAGGACGAAUGACCGUGAUUAUGAGAUUGAAGAACGACGAUACCGGACCAUGGAGGCUGCUGCGAACCGCUUACAGAAGGAAGCUAAGGGCUACCUGGACUCUCUGCGAGCGAUGACGGCUUCACAGAUGCGGAUUGCAGAGACGAUAGACGCGUUCUACGGCGACGCCGGGGCCAACGACGGUGUGAGUAGAAGCUACAAACAGGCUGUUGAGGAUCUCGACGCCGAGACAAUUAAAGCCUUGGACGGACCAUACAGGUCAACUGUCCUCGAACCCAUUUCCCGCUUUUGUGCAUACUUCCCCGAUGUGAACGAGUGCAUUAAAAAGAGAAACCAUAAGCUACUUGACUAUGACGCCAUGAGGGCCAAGGUGAAGCGACUGGUCGAGAAGCCCGACAAGGAUGCCACAAAACUGCCCCGCACCGAACGCGAAUUGGAGAUGGCCAAACAAGCAUACGAGCAGCUGAACGAGCAACUGUUUACGGAACUUCCACAACUUAUCGAUCUACGAGUCCCAUACCUCGAUCCAAGCUUCGAAGCCUUGGUGAAGAUCCAGCUGCGCUUUUGUGCGGAAGCAUACUCUCGCAUGGCUCAAGUGCAACAGUAUCUUGACGCGGAGACGAGAGACCAGUACGCGCGCGGCGAUCUGGAUAACAGGGUAGAAGAAGUGCUACAGGAAAUUCGGGAUUUGAGCAUAGCGGGUACUGUUUAA